UUUAUUGUACAUUUUUACAAAAUUAAUACAUGUGCAUUAAUAUUUGUUAUUCGACAUAUUUUGAUAUUUAAACAAUAUUUUUUCAUUAAUUGUUUUGCGACUAAAUAACAAAAAUUAAAGUAUUGUGAACUUCAUAAAAACUCAAAAUAAGGAAGAAGUACAACUUAUUUUUAUUUAUAGUUUAAAAUAAAUAAAUUUAAGAAUGCGUUACUUAGAUUAUAAAAUAUGCAAAAUAUGGUUGUUGAAAAUUAUAACGGGGCAGUUAUUUUUAACUUUUCAAGUUGUAUCUAAUAACACUAACAGUUAUAGCUGUGAUAUUAAUUCUAAAAAUGAUAUGACUCCUCAAACUCCAUUAUUGUUGUAUGCUAAUGAAAAUCGUUUUGGAAAAAUUGAAUUCAUACAUCCUAGUGAAGACAAUACUAUUCAUAUUGAACGCGGUUUUGAAAUUAUAUUGGCAUGCCCAGGGAGUUAUUUUAAAUCAAAUCCAGAUCUUAGCAUUCAAACAGUGCAAUGUUUAGGAGAUAAUCUUUUUGCUGAUAGUGAAGAAAAACAUAAUUUAAGUUAUUAUGAUUGUGAGAAAGCUCCACAGACUACUUUGAGAAAAUUAGGCAUAAGCUAUUUAGGUGAUAGCAUUAUGCAUUACAAAAUUGGAUUUGAAAUAGAUAAUGAAAUUUUUCUCGAGUUAAUUGAUUUCUAUUUUGAUAUUAAAUCUUUAUUGCCAUUGUACACUGUACAUCAAAUUACUAAGGAUCUUAAUGAGGAUCAAAGAUCUAAGAAUAUACCGUAUAAAGGUAUGCCUGAACAUUAUCAAAAGAUAUCUACAAAUAAAAUUUAUGACACUAAAUAUCAAAAAAAAAUAUUCCACAUUUAUAUAACCCCUCAAUCUGCUGAAAGGUAUAUCAAUGGAGAUCAUUUUUUAGCUAAAAGUAACCUUGUACCUAUGGAGGAUUUUUUAUAUUAUCCUCAACAAGAAGGAACCUAUUAUGAUGUGUUAACUGCACCACAAUUUAAAAAAUUCAAAGAUGGAAAUUGGAAAAUUUUAGAAGAAGCAAUACGGCGUUUAGCAAUUGAUAGAUAUAUAAAUUUAACUGUGUACACAGGGGUUUACGGAGAAUUAAACAUAACUGGAUCACCUGUUCAUAUGGAUCGUCAUAGUCUUGGUUAUAAUGUAAUACCUGUGCCAAAAAUAUUUUGGAAAAUUGUUAAACACAAAAAUCAAGCAAUAGUUUUUAUUGGUUACAAUGAUCCAUUCCCAAGCCGUUUUAGUAAUCCAGCAAGACAAAUUUGCUCACCAGGUUUAUGUGAUGAUCUAAGUUGGGUUAUGUUUGAUAAAAAUCCGCAUAAAGGUGUGAUAAACUGUUGUAGUUAUCAAGAUUUUCAAAAGAAAAUUUAUGUACCCCAUGUAAAAAAAAUUAAAGAUGUUUUAUUUUAAAUAGUUAAAAAAUAUUAAAUACUUUUAUUGCUAUAAAAAAUAAUUGUUUGUUGACAAAUAUUAAACAUUCAUAAACAUGAUAAUUAUUCAUACAUUUUUUAUUUAUACGCAAUUAUAAAGAAAUAAUAGAAAAUCAUUUUAA